CUAAAAUGCUGAUGGCGUGGACCCCAAGACAAGAGGGUUUGGAACAAAUACUACAACUUCUUCGCGAAUCCCAAUCACCCGAUACUCAGACACAAAGGACUGUUCAACAGCCGACGCGGUCGUUGAGCGGUCUGAUCCUGAAGAACAAUGUGAGGGCACACUUGCAUCAGUUCCCGGCGGAAGUGACCGAAUUCAUCAAAAGCGAAUGCCUGGACAGUGUGGGCGACCCCUCGCCGCUAAUCCGGGCCACAGUUGGCAUUCUUAUAACGACGAUCGCCUCGAAGGGAGAGCUCGUGAAUUGGCCGGAACUGUUGCCCCGAUUGGUCCAAAUGCUGGACUCCCAGGACUACAGUUGCUGUGAGGGAGCGUUCGGCGCACUCCAGAAGAUAUGCGAAGACUCGUCAGAAGUGUUGGACAGCGAUGUACUCAACAGACCCCUCAAUAUACUGAUCCCUAAGUUUCUACAAUUCUUCACAAACAGCAGCAACAAAAUCAGAUCCCAUGCCAUCGCUUGUGUUAACCAAUUCAUUAUGAGCCGCACUCAGGCUCUUAUGCUACACAUCGACUCAUUCAUUGAGAAUUUAUUCCAUUUGGCGUCGGAUGAAGACCCAGAAGUUAGGAGAAACGUAUGCAGAGCUCUAGUCAUGCUAUUGGAAGUACGGAUGGAUCGACUCAUUCCCCACAUUCACAAUAUAAUUGAGUAUAUGUUAAUGAGAACCCAAGACCAGGACGAGAACGUGGCCUUAGAGUCGUGUGAGUUCUGGCUCUCACUGGCAGAGCAGCCCAUCUGUAAAGAAGUGCUUUCCGGACAUCUCUCGCGACUGAUCCCUAUUCUGAUGCGUCGAAUGAAAUAUUCGGAAAUCGAUAUAAUUUUAUUGAAAGGAGACGUCGAAGAGGACGAAAUGAUUCCCGACAAAGAGGAGGACAUCAAACCCCGGUUUCAUAGGUCGCGGACUCACGCGCAGAGACAUAUGGAGGACAACGACGAGGAGAACAGCGAAGACGAUUCCGACGACGACAGUGACGACAACUCGCUGUCCGAUUGGAAUCUUCGCAAGUGUUCUGCGGCCGCGUUGGAUGUGUUGGCCAAUGUCUUCCACGACGAACUCCUACCUGUAGUGCUACCCAUUCUGAAAGAGACAAUCUUCCAUCAGGAUUGGGUCGUCAAAGAAUCGGCUGUUCUCGCAUUGGGAGCCAUUGCCGAAGGAUGUAUGACUGGAAUGAUCCCUCAUUUGUCAGAAUUGAUUCCAUAUUUGAUUAGUUGUUUGGCGGAGAAGAAAGCAUUGGUUCGAUCGAUCACUUGUUGGACUCUAAGCCGUUACUCUCAUUGGGUUGUCCAACAACAACACGAACGCUUCCUCAAGCCUUUAAUGACUGAGCUUUUGAAACGAGUAUUGGAUGCGAACAAACGAGUACAGGAGGCGGCCUGUAGUGCAUUCGCAACACUCGAGGAGGAAGCGUGUACUGAACUCGUCCCGUACUUAGAAUUUAUUCUUCAAACUCUAGUCUUUGCAUUCAGUAAAUACCAGCACAAAAAUUUAUUAAUACUGUACGACGCGAUCGGUACUCUCGCGGACUCAGUUGGACACCAUCUGAAUAAACCGGAAUAUAUUAAUCUAUUAAUGCCUCCACUGAUCCAGAAGUGGAAUUUGCUCAAAGACGAUGACAAAGACUUAUUUCCACUUUUAGAGUGCCUCUCAUCUGUGGCCACAGCUCUUCAAUCUGGGUUUUUACCCUAUUGUGAGCCAGUCUUUAGGCGCUGUCUGUCUCUCGUCGAACAAACCCUUAACUUAAAUAUGGCAAACGCCAAACAUCCGGAACAGUUUGAGCCGCCAAACAAAGACUUUAUGAUUGUAGCGCUCGAUCUGUUAAGUGGUUUGGCUGAAGGUCUAAACGGACACUUGGAUUCGUUAGUGAUGUCCAGUAAUAUAAUGCAACUGUUAUACCAAUGCAUGCAGGAUCCGAUGCCUGAAGUACGCCAGAGUUCGUUCGCUCUAUUAGGAGAUCUGACAAAAGCUUGUUUCCAACACGUGAACCCUUGUAUCGGCGAAUUCUUGCCUAUUUUGGGCCAAAAUCUGAAACCGGAGUACAUUUCUGUGUGCAAUAACGCCACGUGGGCUAUAGGAGAGGUGGCCGUCAAACUGAACGCCGAUAUGAAGCCCUACGUAGCGAUGGUAUUGUCCCAAUUGAUCACAAUCAUCAAUCAGCCGGGAACUCCCAAAACACUGCUUGAAAAUACAGCCAUAACAAUCGGUCGUUUGGGUUUGGUUUGUCCCGAAGAAGUGGCCCCAAUGUUACAGCAAUUUAUACGCCCAUGGUCUAUUCUUCACGGCUUCAAGAAUCAAGUGGGAGAAGAGAAUUGGCGCCGAUUUUCGGAACAAUUUCCGGUUGUUUUGAAAGAAAGACUUGCCGUUAAUUAUGGCGUUUAAUAGCAGUUAUAACAGCAAACCAUAGGCUCAUCGCUUGCCUGAGCGCUGAGCGAACAACUAAACACUUGUUUUGUUAUGAAUUGGUUUCAAACUAAUGGCAGCAUUCAAUGGAAACACUUAUUUAAUACAUAGC